AUGGAGAUUACGGUCACGGAUGCGCACAGAGAGAAGGAGGGCUCGGCAGACAGCUACAUCUCUUAUCAAAUUAACACCAAGACCAAUAUGCCUGGUUUCUCUGCAGCGAGCGUAUCAGUCCGUCGCCGAUUUCAGGACUUUGUUUGGUUUCACGAUGCCUUGAGCAGAGAACACCCUGAAGCAGUACUUCCUUCCUUGCCAGACAAGCAUCGCCUGCGCGGUUAUGUUCGUGGCGAUCGUUUCAGUCAAGAGUUCGUGGAAAAACGACGAGCGAGUCUGGAACGCUUCAUGAAAAAGAUUGCAGUCCACCCAACCUUGCAGGCAUCAAAAAAUACCCGUAUUUUCUUGGACUCAAGAGAUUGGAAUUCAGACCUAGCGCAACAGAAGAAGCAGACGGACGAUGCUCGUUUGGAUAACAUCACUGAUGUGCUAAUGAAUGCAUUCAAAAUGGUGAAAAAGCCUGAGGAGCGGUUCGUUAUCAUGAAGGACGAAGUCGACAAGCUGGAGGAGAAUCUUCAGGGCCUGGAGAAACUCGAACAGAGGAUUUUGAAGCGACAGGAAGAACUUGAGGCGGAUUAUCGAGAGUUUGGAGGCGCUGUUGCAGGCCUUGGAGCUCUAGAGACAGGCAUCACAGAGCCAUUGCAUCGGUUUGCUCAUACUGUGGCAAGCUUUGCUACGAUCCUGAACAAUCUGUCAUCGAGAGAGGACGCCGAAUUCUUGUCAGAGCUUCACGAGUGUCUAGCUUAUUGCAACAGCGUCAAGAACGUUCUCAGGCAGAGGGACCAAAAGCAGUUGGAUUUCGAAGACCUCUCCGACAAGUUGCAACAGAAGCAUGCGGAGAGGGAUCGCUUGAUGAGUAAUGGUCGGCUCGGAGGAUCCGCUACCAUUGGAGGAUUUUUUCAACAGAAGAUGAGUGAGCUCAAAGGAGUGGACCAGGAGCGUGCCAAGCAAGACAAGAUCAAGCGUGUGGAGGAAGACAUCAAGCAGCUUGGAAAUCUAGUGGAUACCCAUCUUAAUGAAUCCACUCAGUUUUCAGAGGCGACAGCGAAAGAGUACGAGAUCUUUCAACUUCAAAAGGCAAAGGACCUGCGCCAGUGCCUGUUGGAUUACAGUGCAGGCAGGGUCGAGUUUUUCGAGAAGGGUGAGGCCUUAUGGGGGCAAAUCAUUCCCGCUUUGGAGGCGAUCCAAGUCGACGACGAUUAA